UAUUUUGAGAGCACACAAUUCUCUUCGGCACACAGCUCUUAAACAAAAAUAUAAGUGUAUAGAAUAGACUUUUUAUCGGUUGGUUUACGUAGCGUCGAUAACUGCAAUCUUAUCACGGCCGGUGAAACCAUCGGUGAUUCAGUGGCUCGUUUGAAGUGCAACGGAUUGGUAAUAUGAAGACUGUUGCGGCAUUGUUGCUGCUGCUGUUUUGCCACGAGUGGCAGCAGUUGAAUGCUGCCAGUAUUUUGUGCCUUGUUGGCACGGCGCAGCAUUAUAAUCCUGGCUGGACAAAGCCAUUCUUUGAGGCUCUCGCCGGCCGUGGCCAUUCACUGACAGUCAUAGGAACACAACCCGAUCUAGGGCUUCCGCACAUACGGCAAAUUUUCUUGCCGAACGAACACGAUGUGGUCAAAAAGCAUUAUACAAACGAUAUGGGUCACUAUCGACAGCACUGGGACAUAAAGCAGCUGUUGAUCUGGUAUGAGGCGCUGCUGGGCGGCUGCCGCUCCAUAAUUGAGGCAAAUUUUUACAAAACAUUUGACAUGACGGCUUUGAAAUAUGAUUUGAUUAUCUAUGAUGCCACCUUCUCGAUGGAUUGUCUGCUCGCCACGCUGCCACGGUAUCGAUCGGUGCCCGUGCUGGGCCUGAGUGGAGGCAAAUUCACAACGGAUCUCAUUGAUGUUGUUCAGGGCGAGGAUACGAUUAGUGCGGCAACCAUACCUCAUUUUAUCGGUCGGCUGCCUAUAACAAUGAACUACUGGCAGCGCAUACAGAACCAUGUCAUGUACCUGGCCGAAUCAUUCAUUCAUUGGGCCGUGGUUCAACCCGUUCUAAAUGGUAUGCUGGAAAGCGGGUUUUCCUCAAUUAAAGCUCAGGUCGUGUUACUUAAUACUCAUCCCGUUCUGGAUUAUGUGCAAAAUAUGCCACCAAACGUUAUAGAGGUGGGUGGCCUGCAUAUUCGAGCCGAGUCGGAACCAUUGCCCUUCAGUUUGCAAGAAUUUAUUGAGCGCUUCUCCGAGGGGAUUGUCUACAUAAAUCUGCCGCAUAUUGAGCUCAUGUACGGACUGGGCCUAAAAGCCGUUGAAUCAAUGAUCAAGGAGUUCAGUCAGCUUGGUUUUCUCUGGAAUGUGAACAAUCUUAAAGACCUCCAGCUCUCAGAGAGUUUAUACAAUUUAAGAGCCAUCAAUGUGUUUGACAAUAUGCAGCAGAACAUAUUGGCUCAAUCUAAUGUAAAGGCAUUUCUGACCCAUGGUGAUAGCUUUGGUAUCCAGGAAGCUAUCUACAAUGCAGUGCCGAUCAUUGCGCUGCCCUUGCUCAUGGAUCAAAUUAAUAACGCCGAACGUGUGCAGGAGCGUUAUUUGGGAGUUUGCAUGUCGGCUAAGAACUUCAGCGUGGACAGUUUCUCCGCAGCUCUUAAGAAAAUAAUUCGUGAGGAAAUCUAUGUGGAAGAACUGCGGCAGGCACAGCUCAAUUUCCGCACGCGCCAAGCGAAACCCGUGGACUUGGCUAUUUGGUAUGCCGAGCAAUUGGUUAGCCAGCCGGAUAUCUUCAAACAGUUAUCGGUUCCGGAAUCUUCUCAACGUUCCUAUUUUGUUAGGAAAUCUUUGGAUGUUUUGUCUCUACCUUUUCUAUUUUUCCUCUUCUUUUUUGCCAAUGUUGUACUCGCGAUUUUACAAAGCAUUGUGACUGACAAUGAAAAGAAAACGGCAAAGCAAGUUAAAAAGUUAAAUGGAAUAGGGAAAGAGCAGAGUUCCGACAAAGAACAGAAAGAAGAUUAACUUCUUUUUUAAGAUUAAGAGUAUGGGUGCUAUAACGUUAAAAUAAGUAAAGUGGAAAAACAAGAAAUUUUAAAAACAAAGUGCUAACAAUA